CCCAGGCCCCAGUGCUACACAGUUUCUAGUAAAGCUCUCUGAAGUUGUGAAUGGUCACCAGUCCCCUGGCAGUUGCAUGUGCAUCUGGAUCAUGCUUUAUGUCGGUGGGCCUGAACUUCGUCACUCAGCUGUUUUGGGUGGGGGAGAUAAAGGGGCACUGAUAUAAUGGCCCCGUUCUCUCUGCACGCACAUCCAUUGUGCUAACCAGCUUGGAAACGCUCCACCAUGGAGUGGCUUUUCAUUGCCGUGGCAACCUGCUUGCUAGCCCUGUUCCCUGUCAAAGGUAAGUGCUAGAAGCAUCCAGAGCUGGGAAGAUAAGCUGGAGCGCAGGGCCCACGAUACAUGUGCGAGAUUGACCUGGGACGCCAGGACUCCAAAUUGGUGGAGCGAGAUGUUUAUGCGAUCCUGUGUUGAAGGGCUUUGUGCUGUACCAAUGGAGGCUGGUCUGUAUCAUAUUUUAACUUUUGUUAAGGCUCGAGUACUCACAGAUCAAAAUAUUUAUCUCAAGGUGAUGAGUGGAGGCUGGAGUAUGAGGAAGGACUCAGUCACUACAGCGAGGAAGCGCUUAGAAAGGAGUUUCCUGAGAAGACCAGGCCAAUCAGUUUCAAACAUCCACCGUUCAUGUGUCCUGACAUGAACCCCUCCUCUACUGUGCCAACCUCAGUUGAGCUGGUGAGGGCAGCAGAUAUUAAAGUGAUCGCUGCUCUUGGGGAUUCAUUGACAACAGCCAUUGGUGCAAAUGCAACCACAGUUCUUGGCAUACCUAUUGAAUUUCGUCACGUGUCAUGGAGCAUUGGCGGCUAUGGAUCCUUUCAAGAUGUCAUUACACUGGCAAACAUUAUUCGACUCUUCAACCCCUAUUUAGUGGGACCUGCCCCAACCAAGACAGUCCAUGGGACCCCAGCUCCCCUCAGUGAGACAGGAUUUAACCUGGCUGUAACCGGACACAACACCUUUAAUCUUCCUGAACAAGUCAGACAUUUGAUUGAUACAUUGAAAACAUAUGAGGAUAUUGACUUUGAUGAAGACUGGAAACUGUUGACCAUUCUAAUUGGGAUGAAUGACAUCUGUGAUUACUGCAAAGACAAGGCAUUGCUUACAAAGCUGUUUCUUUGGCAAACUACAGACAGAAGAUUCUUCUACAGUAUUGACAGAUUUUGUUCAUAAUGUCAAAGCGGGAACU